AUGAUUAAUAAUGAAAAACGAACAUCAGCUGCUAAACUUGUUAAUAAAUUAUAUUUUUUUCUGAUUAGAUAUAUGCUUAAUAUGGAUGGUACGAUAAAAGGUGAUGAUGAAUCACGUAUUAGUGUUAAAUGUGCUAUACCAAUAUAUAUUACAUAUCUUUUAUCUUUAUGUGAACACGGUGAUCUACAUUUACGUGGUGCAUGUGCAAAUUUACUUGUUAUAUUAAUUAAAACAACAAUUCAUCUUUUAACACUAUCAUUAUUGUCAAAUUCAUUUAAUAAUUCUUUUAUUAAUCAAUGUUCACUUGUAUCAACUGAUUCACAAGACAGUUCAAGUCAUGCAUUUACAAUCAUAGGAAUUGAAUUAUUAGAAGAUUCUAUUCAACAUAGUACAAGUACCUAUGUUCUUGCUAAAUUUGCUCUAGCUCAACUUAUAGAUGAUAUUGAUUUUCGAAUAUUAACUUAUCUUGAACAAUAA